AUGUCCACCGCCUUCCACCCAGAGACCGACGGCCAAACCGAAAGGCUGAAUGCUGUAAUGGAGCAAUAUCUACGUGGGUAUGUCUCUUAUCAACAGGACGAUUGGGUAAAAUGGCUUCCUAUGGCAGAAUUCUCCGCCAACAAUCAGGUCUCCGUAUCCACCAAAGCUACACCAUUCUUCGUGAACUAUGGGUUCCACCCCCGGUUUACAGUAACGAUCAAAUCGUUGGACAAGACCCCACCGAGUCUUAACGCUAAAGACUUCGCCUCGAAGAUGAAAGAACUCCACGAGCACCUACGUUCCAAUAUCCGUACAGCGCAGGAUCAACAAGAGCAGGCCGUCAAUACUAAACGAACGCCGGCCCCACAGUACGAUGUCGGUGAUAUGGUGUUUGUUUCAGCAAAAAACAUCCGAACCACGCGUAACUCCCGGAAACUGGACUGGAAGAAACUGGGACCGUUCCCCGUUAAGGAAAUUAUAUCGCCAUAUGCGUAUCGAGUCGACCUGCCUAGGAGUCUGAAGAUGCACCCCGUCUUCCAUGUGUCAUUGCUGGACCCCGUUGCGAAUGAUCCUGUCCUAGGGCAAAUUCAACCACCACCCCCGCCCAUUAUCGUCGAACAAGAGGAGGAGUAUGCAGUUGAGGAAAUCUUGGACUCGCGAGAAUUACGAAACACUGGCCUACAAUACUUUGUUAAGUGGACGGGCUAUACCGACCCUACCUGGAACCCGCCGCAUACCACGAUAACACCGCCACCGUUGAUAUCUUCCAUAUACGCUACCCCGACAAACCUGGACCAUUGGAAGGAAAGAUUAAGGUUAAGGCUCGCAGGAGCUCGCGCUUGA